CCUCCCGGUUCCCAGCAGAGCCGCCUCCCCUCUGGUUUGUGCAGUCCGCCCCGCAGCCAGCGUCGGAAGUAGGCCGCCAUAUCUGGGAACUGCAGUCUACACUUUGAAACCCAAGAGGGAUUAAAGACCCACCAGAGACCUGGAUAAUGGCCUUCUCCAUGGAUGCUGGAGCAGUAACUUCCAAUGAAAAAUCAGGUAGGAUCACCUCACUCCCACUCUUAUUUCAGAAAGGCUUUGCUCAGAUCUUUUCUCAGUGGAGAAAAGGGAAUACGGACGGAGACUGUCUCCCCCACAAGUGCUCAGAGACUGACUCUCUUGGAGGACACUAUMGUUGGCAAAUUCCUGUUAAUCUCAAUGACUUUGAAAUUUUAAAAAAUAAUGAGAAUAGACUGUUUGAAGUCCUCCAAAAUAAGUUUGGGUGUAUCUCUACCCUGGUGUCUCCAGCUCUGGAAGGUAAUAGCAAUUCUUUGGGCCAGCAAGUCUUCAGAAAGACCCUGGCCCCAGGGCUUGAGUUAUCUGUCUGGAAGGGUGACCUCAGCAGACGUGCUGUUGAUGUUGUGGUGAAUGCAGCCAAUGAAGAUCUUCUACAUGGGGGAGGCCUGGCCUUGGCCCUGGUGAAAGCUGGUGGCCCUGAAAUCCAAGAGGAGAGCAAAAGAUUAAUUUCCAGUUAUGGCAGAGUACAACCUGGUGGGAUAGCUGUCACUGGAGCAGGAAAACUUCCUUGCAAAAACAUUAUCCAUGCUGUUGGGCCUCGAUGGAAAGCAGUGGAGAAAGAGAGAUGCAUUGAUACACUGAAAAGAGCUAUUGCAAAUGUUCUGGAGUUUGUUUGUAAAGAAGAGUGCAUUAAGACAGUAGCAAUUCCAGCCCUGAGCUCUGGAAUUUUCAAGUUUCCUCUGGAUUUGUGUACAAUGACCAUUUUAAACACUAUCAAGUUUUAUUUCCAAAGCAAGCAAGUGGUUGGUAAUUUGAAAGAAAUUCAUCUGGUGAGCAAUGAGGACCCUACUGUUGCUGCCUUUAAAUCUGCUUCAGAAAUUGUCCUGGGAGGCAAUGAGCUGGACUCUUGGGAGCGUCAAGAAACCACCCCUCCUUUUAAUAUGACUAUUCAAACUCCUCAGGGCCUGACUCUCCAGAUUGUCCUGGGCUACAUUGAACUACAGACGACAGAUGUAAUUGUUAAUUCUGUAACCCCACCAUGUCUCAGAGUGGGACCUGUGUCAACAUCAAUUCUACAACGGGCAGGARAUGAAAUGGAAUGGGAAUUCUGUAAAAAAGUAUCUCAACAGUUUUCAGAUUCCCAGUUGGUACUGGUCACAGAAGGAUUUAAACUGCCCUGUAAAUACGUAUUCCAUGUUCUGUGGAAUCCAGCACAACCUGCAUCUUUGGCUUUCAGUCAUGAAAUGACAAAGAAUUACAAGAUGCCGAAUUGUAACAUUUACAAUGUCCCCCAGGGAACCCUCGAGGAGCAAAGAGAAAAUGGGCUUGAAGUGGGGUCUCCUGCCAUGRAUCUGAUGGGAUGGAAUAAGGAAGAGAUAUGUGAGGCCAAAACAUGGAUCCAAAGGAUACUGACAUCCCAGAACAUCCACACCAUUGAGAACAAGCAUAUUCGCCACCUUGGGAAAAAGGAACAUGACAUUUUAUCUAAACUUCAGAGAACCUCAAGUGUCUCCAUUACAGAGGUUAUCAGUCCCGGAAAGGCAAAUUUAGAGAUCAGAGGAGCCAGGGAUGACCUCAUUGAGGUGGUUAUGAACAUUGAACAUAUGCUCUGUGAAGUUCAGGAGGAAGUGACAAGGGAAAAGGAGCAAAACCUUUGGAUCUUAUCAGGACAAUGGACUGAUCAGCAAACAAAAAACCAGGAUGAAAUGAAAAAAAAAAUCACAUUUCUACGAUAUCAAGCACCUUGGACUGAAGAACUUCUGGAUCGAAAGAAACAGUUUGAAAAACAUGGUUUUCAGGUUAUAAAGGUGGAAGCAAUAGACAAUGCGGUUCUUCAGGCUGCCUUCCAAAGAAAGAAGAAAACGAUGGAAGGGAGAACUUCUAAAGAGCCUGUGAGCCACAGGUUGUUUCAGCAGGUUCCACACCAGUUCUGCAAUGUGGUAUGCAGAGUCGGCUUUCAAAGUUUGUACUCAGUGCCUUUUGACUCAAAGUAUGGAGCUGGCAUAUACUUCAUCAAGAACCUCAAAACACUAGCAGACCAAGCCAAGAAAAUCUAUGCUACAAAUGAGCUGAUCUAUGUAUUUGAGGCUGAAGUACUCACAGGCUCCUUCUGUCAAGGUCACCGGUUAAAUAUUGGCCCACCUCCACUGAGUCCUGGAGCCAUAGAUUUUCAUGACAGUGUGGUUGACAAUGUCUCCAGUCCUGAAACCUUUGUUAUUUUUAGUGGCAUACAGGCUAUGCCCCAAUAUUUAUGGACUUGUAUUCAGGAUUACUCAUCAAGACCAAUGUUAUUUUCUUCAAAGCAGCCUUGGAGGAAAUUCUCAAAUGGCAGUCCUGUUGAUUAAUCUCCAAUUCAUUUUAACAGCAGGCAUGACCUUGCACUGGGUGAUCUAACCACCAGUGAUUCAAAGAGUGGUUUGAAUAUGUCAAAUGAGUUAUCUGUUUGGACUGACUGGGCAUCAAGAAAGUACCAGACACCUACUAGCAUCUUAGAGCCUUAAUCUUUGCCUUUAUCUCUUGGGGUUGAAGUGGAUAGAUACCAACGAAAACAUUCUUAGGACUGUUCCUCUUCCUUGCAAUUGUUCUUUUGUCGCCUUAACUAUAGAUAACAGCAAAAAUGUUUUACAUGUAAUGAAGAGAUUUUUCCACAAUGUAAUCCAAGCCUUUUUAUUUUCUAAAAGGAUGACAGUAUAAAAUAUUAGGACAGCAGAAUAAUUUUAGACUUUUUUAGAGAGUCUUAUAAAGUGCUUUGGGUAUCAAAAUAAAUCACCUUUGUCUGAAUAAUUGACUCUGGAAAAAUAUGUGCAAAAUGAAAUAACUUGAAA